ACUCUAUAUUUUGAUCUAUCUUUUUUAUAAGUUUGAGUUCAUGUGACUUAUUUUAGAAACUUGAGCUCACAAAUUUACUCUUAUUUGGUCUGUGUACGGUGGAAUUAUGUCAUUCUAUAACAUAUGUUUGUUCAGUCGGUCGUUGUGAACUCAUUGGCCGUAUUGUACCAAAACAUAUUGGAUGAAGUAAACAAUAACAUUAGUUAGUCAAACCAAAAAAAUAUUAUGCCGAGAGCGGAGACAAUCAAUAAAAAAUCUUAAGAUAUUUUUUGUGAAUAUUUUAUGUGGGUAUUGUUGUGAGCCGUCGCAACGCACGGUCAACCGACUAGUACAUUUAUAUAUAGCAAACAAAAUAACGCACCGAUCAAUCGAAUACGUAAGUCGAUCGUGUGGGCGGCAGGGAAUUGCCAUAUUGCGCGCAGCUGGUCUUGCUUGCUCCUUAAUGUUCGCUCUCACAGACAGGACGGACUCCACAAUCUUGAGACAUCAGACCAUCACCAUCUUUUGAAAGAUCCAGACAAUCAUCUCCAUGAAAACAGCAAACCAGCCAGGCAUGCAUACGUACCAAAUACAUGAAUACAGGAGUAUGUUAGAAUACUAGGCCUUGCCAAGGAUAUAUAUAGUUUCGUUUUCCGCCAUCUCAUAUAUACUUGUUUGACCAUCGGUUAAACAAUCCGAGAGAUUCGCCUUGUGCUUGGAUGCUAAGAAUAAUGCAUGUGUGUGAUGACUGAUGACGUGAAACAGCUAGAGCACACAAUCAUGCAUGCUAGCCGCCAUGAAAGCGUUCAAACACAUCGAUCGCCCUACUCGAUCGCACCACAAAAUCAGGGAUACGGAAUUGGACGACAUCAAUCACCAAAUCCAACUACAUAUACACUAUCUAUAUAUAAUCAUGUACUCACGUCCAUCUAGCAAUCCAUUCCAAAAUUCACUCUCAACGAUACAUUGGAACAACCAAGUCAUGGCGAGAACAAGAGUGCCCUCCCACUUGUCCAUCUUGUUGCUACUAGCAGUGCUCUCAAUGUGCGCGCACAGCAGCGCAUCAGCCGGUGACGACGGAAGCAGCGGCACUGGCGUAGACGACGGGGAGGGCCGCCACGCGCGCGCCGCGGCCACAGUCGCCGAGCUCCUGUCGGCUCACAACGCGGCCCGGCAGGCGGUCGGGGUUCCGCCGCUGACAUGGAGCCCGCAGAUCGCGGGGUACGCCAAGGACUACGCGCGCUCGCGGCGCGGGGACUGCACGCCCCGUCGGUCCCCGCUGUUCUACUUCGGCGAGAACCUGUUCGUGGGGAGAGGCCGGCACUGGAACGCCACGGCGAUGGUGGCGUCGUGGGUGGCGGAGGCCCAGUGGUACGACUACGGCAGCAACUCCUGCGCCGCGCCGCCGGGCGCCGGGUGCCUCCGGUACACGCAGGUCGUCUGGCGCAACACCACGCAGCUCGGCUGCGCCCGGAUCGUGUGCGACUCCGGCGAUACUUUCCUGGCUUGCGACUACUUCCCGCCAGGCAACUACGGCACGGGCAGGCCCUACUGACCGUACGUCGUCAGUUGAUGCUGUCAUCUGCGGGCCGGGCCGCGCACACAUUGGUUUCCCAUGCAGUACUCUGCGUUGAAUUGGUGUCCUUUGAAUUGCAUAUGUCGUUCCGUUUCCUCUGUCGAUUCUUCAGGCUGCUGUUUCGCCGGUACGCUAAAAAUAAAACGAAAAAUUUAGUAUCCGUGAGGAGUGUGUUUGUAUUCGGGAUGGAAAGAAAUUUUUCAUGCACA